CAGUCACAUAAUGCAACUAAGUGACAUUGCAGCACAGCUUGACAAGUUGAAGAUCAAGCUGCCAGACUCAUUUGUAGUGCAUUUUGCACUCAACACUCUCCCGCCUGAGUAUAGCACCUUCAAAAUUGCCUAUAACACACAUGACAAGAAAUGGUCUAUUAAUGAUCUUAUUAAUAAGUGUGUGCAAGAAGAAGGGAGACUACGCCAGGAACAAAAAGGGGAGAAUGUCAUGCUUGCUAUAGCCAAGCCUAAGGGAAGAUCUGGAAAGCGCCACACUACAGCUAAAGGGAAAGCAAAAAUAUCCCCUCAGACCGACAUUAAGAAAACACAGAAAUGCUUCUUCUGUAAGAAGAAGGGGCAUAUGAAGAAGGACUGUGCGAAGUUUAAGAAGUGGAUGUCUGAGAAAGGAUAUGCAAAAUCUGAGACAACCGAUGUCAAGUGAGCGAAACAUCUUCUCCGGAAAUAAGAUGGGCUCGCCGGUUGAAGCUGUAGGGACUUGCAAGCUGAUUUUAGAAAGUGGCUUCGUUUUGAAUUUAGAAAGGACAUUUUACGUACCAACUUUUUCAC